AUGUUUAACAAUGAGCAAUGGCUCUCUAGCAAGCUUCCUCCAAACUGGUACCAAAGAAGGAAAAUUGCCUUGGGAAUUGCAAGAGGGCUUUUGUAUUUGCACGAGGAGUGCAGCAGCCAAAUUGUACAUUGUGACAUUAAGCCUCAAACCGAUGCUUGCUCGAGAGAGAACUUCGCCAACGUUAAUUCCAAAGGAACCUUUUCUCUCUUACCGAAGUUGUGA